ACAGAGCUCAUGCAGUUGAGCUCAAUUGGAACAAGAAGUCGGACUCUCAAUCGCAAACUUACAAAACAGCUGUUAGCGCGCGUUUCUUCCCUAUUUCUCUCUCUCUCUCGCUUUCUUUGUCUACCUCGCUCGCUUACUCACAAGCUAACAACUUACGAUAAGCAAAGCUCAAGUGGUCGCAUCAUUCUGCUAGACAGUCCGUAGAAAAAACAACGCACAUUAUAGCCAGUUUAAAAGAUAGAACAACAGCAGCUUAAGGACUUCAGUAAACAAUUCAAGAAAUUAAAAAUUAUAAGAGCAGCUUUCACGAAAAAAUGCAAAUGCUACUGCUCUUAGUUGUUGCGUGCGUAGCUCUUAGCCAAACGCAGGCGUACUCGGCACUGCAAGAUGCUCGGAUUAUAGCUGAGUAUAAACGGCAGCUGGGACUUAAUCAUGCCAAGAUCGCGCGUCAAUUGGUCCAUAGUGCCAACUGGGCAUCUGUGGGCAGCAUAUCGACGAAUCAAAUUGUGAAAGAUUAUCCCAUGGUUAACAUCAUAUCUAUUGACGACAAUAGCCUGGAGGGCAAGUCUUCGGGUGUAAUUCGUUUUCUGCUAACCGAUUUGGAUUUCACGGGCCCGGACUGGCAAAGCAAUAACAAAGUGACUUUCAUGUUUACGGAUGAGCAGACGCUGCACUGCAAAAACGCCAACAAGGAUCCAAUGGAGCCUACCUGUGCGCGUGUUAUAAUCAGCGGUCAGGUUAAAAAGCUCCCACAGAAUGAACCUAGCUACAAACCUGCCCUUAAUAUAUUCAUUAAUCGUCAUCCGGCAGCGGUUAACUGGAUAAAAGAACAUAAUUUCUACCUAUGCGAACUGGACAUAAAGAAUAUAUUCGUGCUGGAUUUCUAUGGCGGACCACAUCAGGUCAGCGCCUCGGACUAUUAUGCAAUUCAAAUUUAAGCAUGGAUUAACGCAGCUCUAUAUGUAAAGCGCAUAAGUCUUUUGUCUACCAUCCAAGAAAGCAAUGUAUAUAAUGAUAAGCAAAUGUAUAUAAUCAACGAGCUUCCUCUUUCUCACUCAUUCUCUUUAUCUAUCGGACUUUGCUUGUGAUAAGGCUUAGCAAAAUAUUGACA